ACGAGUGUACCAUCCUCUCUCUGAGCUCCGCCCCUCUCCGUCCUCCGGCUGAUAUAAGGACUCCAACAUCGACUCCAAACACUGUGAGAGGGAGAAAACCAAAGGUCACACUGAUAAGAGAAAGGAAAACAGAGGCCGCUGGCAUAUCUGAGAGGAUCAACAGAGAGACAAAUCAGAGAAGAGCUGAGGAGAGAGGAGAGCGCACUGAAGAAAGCUGCCUGGAGGACGCCACGUGUGUGUGUUCAUAUGUAUGUUGAGACAGGCAAAGGUAGAUUCCAGGGAUAUUUGUGAGACCAACAGAGGACGAAAGCACAUCAUGGAUCCCUCAAGUCCCUCAGAGGGCCCCGUGGAACCCAAAGAAAGGAGGAAAAUCCAGUUCGCCGUCCCACCAACAGAACCGACUCAGCUGGACCCUCGGCAGGUUGAGAUGAUUCGACGACGAAGACCCACACCUGCAACUUUGUUCAGAGUAGCAGACCAAACAUCUCCUGAGGAUGACAUCUCCACCCAUCAGUGGGUUGUAGGAGAAAAUGGUGUCCUCAAGCCAAAACGAAUCAACCCAAAUAUCUACCAGCCACCAUCAUUAAAAGCCGUGCAGCAGAUGGCUGAAGCUCAAAUGCAGAAAUUAGGUGUGUAUCCUCAUGUAGAGGAGGAAGGGGAGGAGCCUAUUCAGAGAGGGGGGGAGGAGCUUUCCUCAUCCUGCACACCUGAUUCACAGGAGCAAAGGGGUAUGACAGAACACCAGACCAGCAUGAGAAAGGCAGGAGCCACGGCACCAACCGCUGAAGAAGAGGAGGAGGAGGAAGUAGAAGCAGCAACUAUGGCAGAGGAUGAGUGCAGAAAUGUGGACUGAUAAAGUUUGAGGAACUUUAGAAAUUUUUUCAGAAUGCAGAACCUGGUUUGGAGAUCAGAAUUACUGUUUAUUGUUAACUGUCUGUCAAUAAUUCCAUCACUUGAUAAAAACGGCUGUCUUUAGUACUCAGAGACAAAAAGAGACUUAAAAUAAACUCUGAAAGACUGGAA